AGAUCAACAUUCAACAAGCAACAGCUAGGGGUGACAGACAUGGUACGAUUAUGUUCAUGUUAAAUCUUUAUUUUUGAAACAGCAAAACAACAAAAAAAAAAAAAAAAAAAAAAAAAACAAAAACACGCCGCUAACACAGCUCCAAGACACACUUUCCAGCGCUGUCAGGUUUAUGUGAUUUGUUUCAGCUCCGGUUUUGUGACUUUCUGACUGAGUUGAAGCUUAUGAAGUGACGAAGUUUUCUUUGCCUGCGCUGUGUCCUUUCCUAUGUCUAUGUGAGACUCAGCGUUGAUUUACUUGCUUGUAUUAUGGCAGAAGCUCCGCAGCAACAAGUCGUUGAGAUCGACCCGGAUUUCGAGCCGCUCUCCCGACCCAGGUCUUGCACCUGGCCCCUUCCCAGACCUGAAUUUAUUAACCCUGCCAACUCCAAUACUUCUUCUCCGGCUCCUUCUGUCAAACAAGAACCGGGCACCAAUGUUGAUUUUAUUAACAACCUCAGCUUGCUGGAAGAAAACGAAGACUUCCCCGAGCAGAAGCCGCUAGUCUUGUGCAAUGAUUUCCAGUGCCAGGAGAACUGCAUCCACCAACAGCAACAUCAGCACCCCAACCAGCAGCUCCCCCAUCAACAGCAGGUAGUCCCUUGCUCUUCUGCCUUGUCGUCCCCCGCCGGCUCAUCCUCUUCGGUUGCAGCCCAGAGGAAGAGCAGUUCCUCUCGCAGGAAUGCCUGGGGAAAUCUGUCCUACGCGGACUUGAUCACCAAGGCCAUCGAAAGCUCUCCGGAGAAGAGGCUCACCUUAUCACAGGUCUAUGAUUGGAUGGUCAAGAGUGUACCUUACUUCAAGGACAAAGGGGACAGCAACAGCUCUGCUGGAUGGAAAAAUUCCAUCCGGCACAACCUGUCUCUGCACAGCCGCUUUAUACGGGUCCAGAAUGAGGGCACUGGGAAGAGCUCCUGGUGGAUGCUAAACCCAGAAGGGGGCAAGAGUGGCAAGUCUCCGCGGAGGAGGGCCGCCUCUAUGGACAACAACAGCAAGUUUGCCAAGAGCCGUGGGCGAGCGGCCAAGAAAAAGGUGGCCCACCAGGCUGGGCAGGAUGGGGGUGCCGACAGCCCUGGCUCCCAGUACUCUAAGUGGCCAGGGAGCCCCAACUCCCACAGCAACGAUGACUUUGACACCUGGACCACUUUCAGACCCCGCACCAGCUCCAAUGCCAGCACGCUCAGCGGCCGCCUCUCCCCCUUCAUGCCCGAGCAGGAUGACUUAGGGGACCCCGAUGUUCACUCGUUGGUCUACUCCACCGCCUCCAGCAAGAUGACUUCCACGCUGCCAAGCCUCUCUGAGAUGGCCGGUUCCAUGAGCCACCACAACCCAGAGAACAUCAUGGAGGACCUCCUGGACAAUCUGAACCUCCUUUCUCCCAAAUCCUCCCAAGUGUCGGCCAGUUCCACCCAAUCCUCUCCCUCCUCCAUGAUGCAGCCUAGCCCUGGCUAUCCCUCUUACUCCUCCCCCAACACUGCCAGCCUGGGCGCACAGCCCCAGGAUUACAGGAAAUGCCUGUAUAGCCAGAGCGGCAUGAAUUCACUGUCGCCCAUGCCUAUGCAAGCACUGCAAGAAAACAAGCCAGUCUAUGGAGCUGCCAUGGGCCAGUACGGUUGCCCUACUGGGCUCCUCAAAGAGCUACUGACGUCCGACUCGGACCCUCACAAUGACAUUAUGCCAUCAGUAGACACUGUGGUGUCCCAAUCCAGCAGCAGAGGGGGGCCUGGCCCCAAUGUCAUGAUGCCUACUAACUCUGCCAUGCCCUCCUACGCUCCCCAGCAGCCCCACAACAAGAUGAUGAACCCUGGUGGCACUCACCCACAUGUGGUGCACAACCAGCCGUUGUCUGUCAUGAAUGGCCGUGCCUUAUCACACCCCAUGACCAUGACUCACAGUGUUGAGAUGAGCCGCCUAUCCACGGUAAAGACUCCCAUGCAAGUGCCUCACAACCUGCCCCUGCACAUGAACAUGAUGCACCCCUACAGCGUUCUCAACAGUAGCAAUGGCUACGGCAGGAUGGGCCUGAUUGCAGCACACCAGGAGAAGCUGCCUAGUGACUUGGAUGGCAUGUCAAUCGAGCGCCUUGAGUGCGACAUGGAGUCCGUCCUCCACGACACCUUGAUGGACGGAGACUCUUUAGACUUUAACUUUGACCCCAUGGUGCCCAACCAAGGUUUUUCACAUAGUGUAAAGACAACGACCCACAGCUGGGUAUCGGGAUAAAUUAUGCCAGGUCCUGCUAAAACACCUCAGACUGGAUCUACAUCAGGAAUGAGGAAAAAGCAGUCCAAAGAGUCUCUUACUUCUCUGGCAAAAAAAAAAAAAAAAAAAAAAAACUAAAAAAAUUGUUCAGACUUGGCAGCAGUGAACUUUUUCCUGUACAGGAUGUUUGCCCAGUAUGUGCAGGUUAUGUGCUGCUUCAGAUAAGGCCUCUGCCUUUGGAAAUUGUAUAGUAACCAAGUGCCAAGCUCACUACACAAUGUUAUAGCUGAGUUUAUUUAAAUGAUGUUGUUUUCAGCGUUAUAAAUGGCCGAUAUGUACACUUUAUGUGCCUAUUAAAGUUAGCAUUCUCAAUGUAAGCUAUGACAACAUAAAAUAUGUUUUUAUGAACUUAUUUUUUACCAGUGAACAGCUGCAACCACAGUUUUUUUUCUGUAAUGUGUUGUCGUCCACCCCCCCCUCGAAUCAACCUUAGAAAUAUCAUUAACUGCAAUUUUGAAAUGUCUUAGUCUAUUUAUAUAACACCAACAUACUCAAACAUAUUGCCUACCUUAUAUCGCUAAUAACAUCGAAAAAUCACAUCUAUAUCUGGGUUUGGGAAACACCAAAGGGUGCCAAUAAAUUAGGCUUGGGAAAACACCAACAAGGCCUAAGUACAUGGGGAUUUGCUGACUCCCCAGUCCAGUUUUGAAACUAAAUCUACUUUCUUGAAAUUAAUUGAGGUGUGCUAUAUAACAGAGGGAUGUUUUAUAUAUAUAUGUACAGCAAGUUUACAGAACCAGCACAGCAAUCUUAUUUUGGUUGUUUUAACUGGAUUUUACUGGCUUUAUUAUGUGUUUUUUUGGGGGUGGGGGGGUGGGUUGGUUUGCACAUUUCAGGUGCUACUUAGUCAUGCUGUUUAAUAGCUUUUCAUGUUUUUUUGUAAAUAAAUUGAAAAGAAAAAACAGAAGAUAUCUAAAAUUAUACUCGAUAGCAUAAAUGUUUUAAAGCUGUACAACUGCAAUGCAUUUUGCAUUUCAUGUUCAAAUAACCUAUUUCAUAAUCCAGCUUCUAGCAUUCUAAGCAAUGUCUACAAGCUUGUCUUGGUAAUGAUUUUAUUUAGAAAGUUUUAAAGAAAAAAUGGUUUACAACUGUAGCUGAUAUGUCUAGUUGCUUCUACAAAUCAUUUAGCGACUUGAAAUUAGAGGCGCUCUGUUUUUGCAAGGUGUUCUUAUAUUGAGUUUGCAGACUGACCUAAAGUUGCUUUGUGUGUUUUCAAAGAGCUUCAUUCAAGUAUGGUUAAGUACCAAAAAGUGUUAAGUAACCCCCUCCUAGAAGCUUGUAUAAUGCAUUUUAUAUUACUUAAGAACGCAUAAUGUUUAUAUGUAUAAUAUACUGUAUAUGAAGAAAAUAAGCAAAUUAAGAAAACUCAAAGUUAUUCGUAACUGUCAAAAGCAAAGGACAUUUUGUGAUUACAAAUUUGUGUAGCUGUAAUCUUAGUGGAUAUAACAAUCUCAGACUAUUUAAUUCACUAUGAGGCUAGAAACACAAGUGGUGCCAUUUGUUGUUUUUUUGGUUAGCAAAAAUAAUUUGUUCUCAAUCCAGUGCAUUCAUGUGGCGCCAAAAGGAAAUCUGAAGCAUUUACUGGCGAAGAAACUCAAAAUAGCAAUACAGUGCUGUGGUUGAAUAGUUAUCAUGGGCUUAUGACUUUUUGUGACAGUUUAAUUGUUUUAAACAAAAUAGGUUAAGCGUUUAUUCCCAGCAAGUGCUAUGCUAAUGCAAUUAAAAAUAAAAUCCCCUUAACAGUUAUUUCCGCAACAAAAAAAAUAAAUUCAGCACCAACAUUUACAAAUGGGUCGUUUUUCCUACAUUGACAAAAAAAAAAAAAAAAAAAAAACGGAAUGUUUUAAGUUGCUUUAGUAUGAGAAUGUGCAAAUGAUCUUACCCUAUGCAGUCUUGUACUUUCUAUUGUUUUUGGUUUGUAC